CUUCACUGAGCAACAUCUAGAUUAUCUGGACUGUAUAUGUGUACCUCUGCGUGUAACUCUGCAUACAGCCAUGGGGAACGCAGCUGGAAGUCUGGAGAUGUCACCGGGGCGAGACGUCAAACGGCCCCUCAGCACCUAUGGGCAGAAACAGCCACCGGCCCCUAAACUGCCCCUACCACCUGAGGACGAAUUAGAGGAGAGGUUCAGCGUGGUGUUGAAUUCCAUGAAUCUUCCACCUGACAAAGUGAAGCUGCUCUGUCAGUACGACAACGAGAAGAAAUGGGAGUUAGUGUGUGACCAGGAACGGUUCCAGGUGAAGAAUCCCCCGUCAGCAUACAUUCAGAAACUUAAGAGUGUAUUAGAGCAGGGAGGAGGCAGAAAGUUUAAAAGGCGAGUCCAAGAAUCCACACAAGUUCUGAGAGAGUUGGAGAUCUCUUUGCGCACCAAUCACAUCGGGUGGGCUGAGGAGUUUCUAAAUGAAGAAAACAAGGGUUUAGACGUGCUAGUGGACUACCUCUCUUUUGCUCAACGUGCAGUCACAUAUGACAUGGACAGCUCUGAUAAUGGAAGCUUUGAAGAGAAAUCUGUGGAAGAUUUGACCACCAGUGCGACAAACUCCCCUACCCACAAUUCCCCACGCUCAGGAAACCCCUUCACCACAAGGAAAGCUCUGCGAUAUUCGCGUCUGCUCAGCCAGAAGAACCACCUGCACCUCUGCAUCAUGUGCCUCCGUGCCAUCAUGAACUACCAGUUAGGGUUUAAUCAGGUGAUGGCUCAUCCCAACUGUGUCAAUGAAAUCACCCUGAGUCUCAACAACAAGAAUGCCAGGACUAAAGCUCUGGUUCUGGAGCUCCUUGCUGCUGUCUGUUUGGUUCGAGGAGGUCACGAAAUGAUUAUUGCAGCCUUUAAUAAUUUCAAAGAGGUAAGAAAAGACUACCGUUACACCCGUCUGCACAUGACAAAACUAGAUCAUACACAGCUCGCAACCUCAUACAUUCACACAGACGUCAUUUUGAAGGACUGUGCGUUUAUUGUCACAAAGACAUUUUGUGAGUUAACUGUCACUGAGAGCGAGAAGCUGCAGGUGCAGAUUCAAGCGUAUCUGGAUAAUGUGUUUGAUGUCGGAGCGAUGCUAGAGGACGCCGAGGCCAAAAACACAAUAAUGGAACAUCUAGAGGAGCUACAAGAACAAAACACACAGUUAAACACUAGACUGCAGCAGUGUGAGAGUGAAGCUGUGGAGAAGACGUCCGAACUCGAGAAACAACUCAUACAGAGUAGGAAAGAGGUGGAACUUCUGAAGGACAGUGUGAAGGAGACACAGGCUCAGCUCUCUCAGCUGCAGCAGAAGGAGAAAGAGAGAGAGACACACAGUGAGAAAGAGCAGGAGCGAGAGAGAGACAGACAGCGCUCCGCUAAAGCUCUGACCGAGCUGGAGAAGAUGGUCCAGGUUCUGGUGGAUCGAGGUCUGAUCCGCAUGGACAGAUCCGAAUCCGGCUCUCUGGAAUUACACAUUAUGCCAGUCGCUAACACAACAGAUAAUAGUACAACAGAAAUAAAGGCCUCACCUGUGAUGCAGUCCAUAUAUAAAGAGUUGAAUAUGGACGUCUUCGAGGAGUUGUUCAAAACUAAAGCUCAGUCUGCUCCUGUUGAUGUCGGCACUCUGAAGGUGAAAGUGGCGCAUAAAGCAUCCAGUAAAAUCGCACUACUGGAGCCCAACAGGGCCAAAAACCUCGCCAUCACGCUGCGCAAAGGAGGCAUGAGCACCGCGCAGAUCUGCACUGCGAUCCAAUCGUAUAAUCUUGAUUUGCUAAACUCAGACUUUCUGGAGCUGCUGGAGCGUUUCAUCCCGUCUGAUUAUGAGCUGAGGUUGAUUGAGAAAUACGAGCGUGAAGGACACCCCCUGCUGGAGCUGUCGGAGGAGGACCGAUUCAUGGUGGCCUUCAGCAAAAUCCCGCGUCUGGCACAGAGAAUCAGCACGCUGACCUUCAUGGGCAACUUCAGCGAGAGCAUCCUGCUAUUAAAGCCUCAAUUAAAUGCCAUCAUCGCUUCAUCCAUGUCAAUCAAAUCCUCCAGCAAACUCAAGAAGAUUCUAGAGAUCAUUCUUGCGUUUGGGAAUUACAUGAACAGUGGGAAGAGAGGAUCAGCAUAUGGAUUUCGACUCCAAAGUCUGGACCUGCUUCUGGACAUGAAAUCCACAGAUCGAAAACUGACACUCCUGCAUUUCAUCGUCAGCAUCAUACAAGAAAAAUAUCCUCAACUGCACAACUUUCACACUGAACUACACUGUCUGGAUAAAGCUGCUCUGGUCUCUCUGGACAGCAUCCUUGCAGAUGUUCGCUCUCUGGAGAAGGGAAUGGAGGUGGUUCGUAAGGAAUAUCUCCAGCAGAAAGACAGCGCUGUCCUCACAAACUUCAUGUCCAAUAACGGCAGUCUGCUGGACUCUGUGGUCAAAGACAGCAAAACUGCAGAGGAGGUCUAUCACUCAGUGGUGGAAUAUUUCGGAGAGGAUCCCAAAUCCACACCUCCUUCUGUGUUCUUCCCUGUUUUUGCCAGGUUUAUCAAAGCAUAUAAGCUGGCCGAACAGGAGAAGGAACAGCGCAAGAAGAACAUCUCCGAGACUGAUUUCGGCACAGAUUUACACAUCUCUGACUCUCCUGUGAACACUGCAGUGACUAAUAGGAUGCCGGCGCUGCCACGCUUCCCUCAGGUGGAUCUGAUCGCAGAGCUGAAGCGCAGGCAGAUGACGCCGCUCGUGAGAGAGGGCAAAGACGGAGCCAUCGAGGACAUCAUCACAGGUCAGGCUGAGCUAGACUUACAGACAGAAAACCAGCAUAAUCAAAGCAUCCCGCGACGAAGCCACACCACACAUGAAGCCAAAAACAGUUUACAAGAAACAUUUAAACAGCUACAUUAA